AGAGGUUAGGCCCUAGGCGUACGUUGAAAUGGGAAGUCCCUUGAAAUGCACAGCGACCCGGCUAUCUGAAUCUGAGAAGCUCGACAAGUCAAACUUUGGUACUCACAUCCAUCAGUUCCUCACAAGUGCAUCAACACGAACAAAAUGAAGGAAGUUUGCGCACGACACAGCCCAGUAUUUCCCCCGAAGUGAUGGCAAACAACAAACAGGUCAUCACCGUGGUCUUCCUCGCCACAAGCCUCUUCUUGGCGCAGCGUUAUGCCCGGGGCGAGAGCUGCAGGACCAACCUGGGACCUGGCUGUUUAUGUAUCAGAGAAAGGGCUACUGUCCACGUGACCUGUCACACAUUAGCUCAGUGGACGCGCCCCUUAGACGAGUGGAACGGCGUGGAAAAACUAGUGGUCAUAUGCCUGGGCGAGGAGGCCACCGUGAGCUUGGAACACCCUCUAGCGGCAAACCUGACGGCUCUCACUUUGACGUCACUGGAGGUUCAUGACUGCGGCUUGCGGGACUUGGGCCCGUGGGCGGUGGAUAAUCUAGUCAGAGAGACAGGCCUUCAGCUGGACAACAACCGGCUGAGCCGCAUCCCCCUGGCUGUACGGACUCUGGCACUGCGGGAGCUGUACUUCUACGACAACCCAAUCACCGCCAUCUGUGCUGGAGAACUGCCCGACACGCUAGAGAUUCUUCGACUAGAGGCCGCCGACCUGCGCUACAUAGACCCGGACGCCUUCGCCAAGACGAAACGCCUGAAGGUUUUCAGAGUUCCUGGGGCGAAAGGUCUUCAUUGUAUCCACCCCGGAACGUUUGCCAACACACAGUUAAGACAGGUAGACGUGAGUGACUCAGGACUCACGAGUUUGGAUUUCUUGCUGAGUGUCGACAACAACUGGGGUGGCCAAGAGCUUCCCGCGACGAGGAUUGAAGCUGGAGGCAGCAACGUAAUCUGUGACUGCUCUGUGAAAGAGAUUGCCUUCAGAUAUGGAGACGCCCUAAAUGUGGACUGUGUGAAGGAACUCAGAGACGGAGAGGCGUUUAAGAUAAAGAAAGGAAAAGCCUCUUCUUGGGAGAUGAAAUUUGCAAACUGUCCCACUGACACGCCAACAAACCCACCCACUGUUGCGAACGGUUGCUUCAGACAGGGCAUGCAUGAAAGGAGUGAGUGCAAGAGAUGGCAGAGUGUUCCCUUCCGAGUGGGGGAGAUUAAGGAAGAUCCUUAUUUAGCUUUGGCCGGGGAAGUUCGGCAUCAGUCAACGUUUAUUUUGGUAUCCCUUUUGUUGUUUAUCGUUUGGAUGGAUUUUGUUGCCUAGGUAAAAGAUGAAAUAAUGUGCUGAAAGAUGUUAUUUGUAUGAUUUAAUUUUGAGAUAAGGGAAGGAAGGAAAGAAACACACACACACACAAACACACACACACACACACACACACACACACAC